AUGUACUUCCGCUCACCCCGCCGGGUAGACAACGACACCACCUACAUCUUUCAAAGGCCGCUCGCCGGAGGCAUUGUGCUCGGUGGCUGUCGCCAGGAUGGGAACUGGGACAAAGAGGUUGACCCGGAGUUGACAAAGACCAUCCUUGAGAGGUGCUGUGCUCUAGCUCCCGAACUAGGCCGCCCCGAGGAUCUCAAGAUCAUCAGGCACGGUGUUGGACUUAGGCCCAAUCGCAAGGGCGGCCCGAGAAUUGAAGCUGAAUUUAAUGGUAACGGCUUGAUAGUGCACAACUAUGGCGCAUCUGGAGCAGGCUACCAGGCAUCUUGGUGA